AUGUCUCUCGGCCUCUCCCAAAGCACAACGGUGCCCGGAACGGGACUGUACGUCCAUACAAUAACCCGCAAAGGGGCUAGCAACUACCGUCGCAUCACCUUCUCCCUAACCACCACAACUCCCCCCCCAUCCUCACUCCCUCUCUACUCUCCUCCCUCUCCAUCUCCCUCCUCCUCUUCCUCACAAUUCUUCUCGACCGGCGUCGGCGGCGCCGGGAACAUGAGGCACAAAUCCGAGCGCGCCAUUUUCUUCUUCGACGAGGAACUGGAGAGGGAGAAGGUUAUACGCGAGAACCGUGCGCCGGUCUACUCCAUCGGUCGGGGGGGCGCUGGAAAUAUAGUCUCUGCGGAAUCACCGAUGAGGACCGGGUCGGAUUACUCCAUGGACUCGCUAUUGUCGGCAAAGAGCUCUAUUCAGCCGGAGAUAGUAGCUGUGGAGGCCCCGGAAGAGGGGAAAGCUGUUCUAAAGUCUGGAGCUGAUAGGGCAUGGAAUAGGGUUCGGGGGUUUCUCGGUCGGAGGGUGUUGUAAAUCUCCUUGCUUUAAGAUUUAUUCUUUGUAUAGAUUUCUUUUUUUUUCUUUCUUUCUUCUAAUAUCGUAUGUGCCCUUUAUCUCCUUAUUCUCUUUCUUUUUUUUCCCUAUGGGUUUCCGGACGAAUAUAUGGGGUUUGGUAUUGUGACUUGGAAUUGGAGUUUUGGUCUUCGGAAAUCAGAUAGGAUA